AUGGAAACGCUUGAAAACAACACCGUCCACCCGAAUGGAUCCGAUCCGUUUGCGCGAAACGAAGAAGUGGCCCAAAUCGAGAUAAUGGUCCUGAGCAUCACCUUCGUGGUUGCUGUGAUUGGGAAUGUGACCGUCCUGCUGGCAAUGUACAACACUAAGAAGAAGAUGUCGCGGAUGCACCUUUUCAUCAAACACCUCAGCCUGGCUGACCUGGUGGUCGCCUUCUUCCAGGUGCUGCCGCAGCUCUGCUGGAAGAUCACCUUCCGCUUCUACGGUCCGGACUUUUUCUGCAGGAUAGUGAAGCACCUCCAGGUGAUGGGGAUGUUUGCGUCCACCUACAUGAUGGUGAUGAUGACCCUGGACCGUUACAUUGCCAUCUGCCACCCUCUCAAAACCCUCCAGCAGCCCACCAAGCGCUCCUACAUCAUGAUCAUCUCCACGUGGAUAUGCAGCCUGGUGUUCAGCACUCCGCAGUACUUUAUCUUCUCCCUUAGUGAGAUCCAGAACGGCUCGAAAGUUAACGAUUGCUGGGCGCACUUUAUCGAGCCGUGGGGCGCCAAGGCGUACAUCACCUGGAUAACUGUGGGCAUCUUUCUCGUGCCCGUGGUAAUUCUCAUGAUGUGUUACGGAUUCAUCUGCCACAGCAUAUGGAAAAAUAUCAAAUAUAAGAAAAGGAAAUCGACGGCUGGUGUUGCGAACAAGAACGGGCUGAUUGGGAAGAAUUCAGUCAGCAGCAUUACAACUAUAUCAAGAGCCAAACUGAGGACUGUUAAGAUGACUUUUGUGAUUGUUUUGGCGUAUAUUGUUUGCUGGGCUCCGUUUUUCACAGUGCAGAUGUGGUCAGUGUGGGAUGAAAAUUUUCAGUGGGCUGAUUCUGAGAACACAGCAGUGACUCUGUCUGCACUCCUUGCCAGUCUCAACAGCUGCUGUAACCCGUGGAUAUACAUGGUCUUCAGCGGCCACCUCCUCCAGGAUUUUGUGCACUGCCUCUCCUGCUGCCUCAAAAUGAACCCUGACUUCAAGAAGGAGGACUCAGACAGCAGUCUCCGCAGAACAACAUUGCUGACAAAGAUAGCCAAUCGGAGCCCUACGGGUAGUUCCAGCAACUGGCAAGAGAUGGACAAUUCUCCCAAAUCUUCUAUUCAGGCGGAGUAAACUUGCAGUCAGACAACUCUGUUUACUGGGGUGGGAAUGAAAACAUGUCUGGGACUGGCAUCAAGUUACACAUACAGUAUCAACUCAUCUUAACUUUGGGCAUGACUGACAGUGACUGAAAUACCCCCAAAGUCCAAAACUAUAAAGCAAAUUAAGCUUUUUGCAUAUGAAUCAGGAGACAAGAGUGAAGAAAUGUCAUGUUGACUGAGAAUUUGCAACAAGGACAGUCAGUAUGGGCACAUUACCUGUUUUUUGCCUGAUUCUGUAUGCAAACGUAUUCUUUUCUUUUACAUAACCACAGCAAAAAAUAUUUGAAAAAACAUUGGGAAAAAGAAGUGAAAUUGCAAAGUUUUACUUCUAAGUUAUCAAGCUAUAUCACUACAAUUGUUAGUAAAAUCACUAGGUGCUGACAAUUAUUAUUUUACAUCAUUUUGUUGAAACAGUUUCAACAAAUUCAACAGUCCCAAGUAGUCAAGCUGAUUUUUAGAGUCCCAACAUGAUUCCUUUUUGAUACAUUUUGAAGAGAAAACACUUUUCCAGGAAUACUGAUGCUUUUACUAGUGGUUAGGUUUCUCUUCAGUGCCGCCGAACACCCUGUCCUGCUGCGAGCGUUUACAAAGAUAAAACUCACAUAGCAGCCAGAGAUGCGUGGUGGUGAAAAUGACUCCUCCAGACCGCACGUCUCUAAGUAACCGAGGCAGUCACCUCACCCUUUGUGUUUAGCUUUCCAUUUUGUUGUUUUUCUCAGAACCACAUUUUAGUGGCUUAUGUAAAAAGAAACCUUUUCUUUUGACCUAUCAUAAAAAAAAGAAAAAUAAUGGGUGUGGGGUUUAGACUACAUCUUUUAAUCAGGCCAUUGUGUGCAUCCACAUUUUCCCCAUUAUUUCAUGUUGCAGCUGGCAGUUAUUUGUGUGGGUCCCUAACGACUGGCUUUCAUUUCUGUUCAGUGGAGGCAGAUAGGAUCCCCUUGAAAAUAGCAGGACAUUCACCUACACAUACACACACGCACAUAGUGUAGGGGGCGGUGGGUGUUUAACAGUUGGAGCAGUCUACCUACCGACCCACACACCCAUCCCACAGCUUUCACAAAAUGUUGGGGAGAAGCUCACACAUUCCACACACUCUACGUCAACACAUUUCCUGAUUUUUUUCCUGACAUCCUGCACCAUUGGGGGUGGUCUGUUUUUUUGGCUUCAUUUGCACUCCAGACAAAAACAAUCUCCUGCACAUUAAUGCGAUGUGCAGCACAGUAAUGGUUGUCAGACCAACAUGAGAACAUGUACAUUAUGAUGUAUGAAGACAUUUCUAUCUGACUGUAUGGUAUAUUUUUUACAUAAAAGGCAAUUAAAUAUCUGUAAAUAGGAAUAAUAUAUGUAAAUCUGUUCAACACAAAUUAUGUUUGUCUAUAAUGGCUUGUGUACAUUAAAAAAAAAUCUAAAUAUACUAUAAAUACAGUAUAUGUUGAAAUAUACAUAUUGAUGCACUGAAUACUACACUGGCUUUGUCUCCUGUUUUACCCACCACGGCACGGAUGGUUUCACUUGCUUUAUUUGUGCUUCAUGCAGUUGCUGCACAGAAAUCUCUGGUGUUAUGUUUGCUGAAGCAAUACUGAACUUAUAUCUCUCGCCAAUCUAAGCAAUAAUUACCUGCCAAGCUCUGGGAUGAUGCCGUUAUUAUGAUGUCUAAAAUAAUGUGAAAAAGAAGUUCUGUUAAAGGGAGGAAAGCUGCCCACCCCUGCAGAACUUAAAAUAUAUAAACAGACAAUGUAAUAGCUUGUAAAACCAUUGAAUGGAAAUGUACCUGUACCUAUAAAAUCAAAAGAAAGAAA